GAAACAUUCAAAGCAAAUCUUUGAGCUCUUUCCUUCAGCUUAUCCAGCUUAGCCAUAGUUUUGGUGUCAGAUGACAGGCCUUUUGUUGGAACCAAAGAAAUGUGAAACCUAACUGCCCAGGCAGCUUUCUUACCCUCCGAGCUCACAGACUAGAAAUGAGCCGCCACACCUGAAGCCUGUGGGCCCAGAGGACACGUUUGGUCAGACCCAGCCGACAGCCUCCCACCUGCGUCCACGCCUUGGAACCCACAGUGGGACGGCGGGACGAUGAACUAAGGAUGCAGCCGCAGAGAGCGUUUCCCGAGCGUCCAGCAUGCAGGCCUCCCCGCAGAGGCCCGGCAGCGUGACGAGGUGAGAGCAGGUUAUGCCGGCUUAGCCACACGCCCAGCGUCCCCGCCAGAGACCGCGAUUCGGCCGUGCGGGCAGAGGCCAGCUCCGAGCCACGCUGGAGAACCUGGAGCAGGUCCUGAAGCACAUGCGCGAGACGGCGGAGCGGCGGCAGCACCUGGAGCUGGAGCAUGAGCAGGCCCUGGCCGUCCUCAACGCCAAGCAGCAGGAGAUCGACCUUCUGCAGAAGGCUCAGGUUGAAGCUAAGAAAGAACAUGAAGGUGCGGUGCAGCUGCUAGAGUCUAAGGUCCGCGAACUGGAGGAGAAGUGCCGGGUGCAGAGCGAGCAGUUCGGCCUGCUGUCCCGCGAGCUCCAGGUGCUGCGGCUGCACGCUGGGGAGAGCGGCCUGCGGGGGCACAGCCCUGGGGCGGCCUGGGACAGCCCCCCGUCCCCCAGCAAGCCCCUGCCGCACUUCAUGAACGGAAUAGCCACGUCCAUCGGCAGAGGCCAGGAGGGCUCGAGUGGGAGUCGCUCUGCGGCUGGUGAGCACGUCCGACCCCUCCCGCUGCCCGGGGACGAGCCGGAGCCGACCAAGCCCACCCUUCCGCCGGGACCCAGCAGCCCAAGAUGCAGAUUUGAACCAGACAUGGGCGAUGAGCGGAACUCCUCCAGGCACAGCUACUCGGGGCAGGUGCACCUGUGUGUGGCCCGCUACAGUUACAACCCCUUCGACGGGCCCAAUGAGAACCCGGAAGCAGAGCUGCCCCUCGCGGCCGGGAAAUACCUCUACGUCUACGGAGACAUGGACGAGGAUGGGUUCUACGAAGGUGAGCUCCUGGAUGGGCAGAGGGGCCUGGUGCCCUCCAACUUCGUGGACCUCGUGCAGGACAACGAGUCGCGGCUGUCGAGCUCGCUGGGGACUGAGCAGGACCAGAAUGCCAUCAACCGCCCCAGCCUGGAAGGGGAGACCAUCCUGGACCUCCACGGCCCCCCGCCCGCGGACUCCGGCCUCCUUGACGGCGGCACGGGGACGCUGGACGUGAGCAUCGACGAGGUGGGAGAAGACAUUGUGCCUUACCCUAGGAAAAUCACCCUCAUCAAGCAACUCGCCAAAAGUGUCAUCGUGGGCUGGGAGCCCCCGGCCGUGCCGCCCGGCUGGGGCUCCGUGACCGGCUACAACGUCCUUGUGGGCAAGGAGACGCGGGUGAGCCUGGCGCUGGGCGGCAGGACCAAGGCGCUGGUGGAGAAGCUGGACCUGGCGGCCCGCACCUACCGCGUCUCCGUGCAGUGCGUCACGAGCCGCGGGAGCUCGGACGAGCUGCGGUGCACGCUGCUGGUGGGCAAGGACGUGGUGGUGGGCCCCUCCCAGCUGCGCGUGGACCACGUCACGCAGGUGUCCGCCCAGCUCUCCUGGCUCCCCACCAACAGCAACUACAGCCACGCGAUCUUCCUUGACGACGAGGAGCUCGACGUCGUCCAGGCCGCCAGGUACACGUACCAGUUUCUCAACCUCAGGCCCAGCGCGGCCUACAAGGUGAGGGUCCUCGCCAGGCCCCACCAGAUGCCCUGGCAGCUGCCCCUGGAGCAGAGAGAGAAGAAGGAGGCCUGUGUGGAGUUCUCCACGCUGCCGGCAGGCCCUCCGGCCCCCCCACAGGACGUCACCGUGCAAGCUGGGGCCACCGCAGCCACCGUGCAGGUCUCCUGGAAACCGCCCACCCUGACGCCCUCGGGGCUGUCCAACGGGGCCGACGUGACCGGCUACGGCGUGUAUGCCGAGGGGCAGCGGGUGGCGGAGGCCGCGUCCCCGUCGGCGGUGGGCACGGCCGUGGAGCUGGCGCGCCUGCGGGGCCUGGGGGCCGCGGCCGUGACCGUGCGCACCCUCUCGGCGCAGGGCGAGUCCGCCGACUCCGGCGCCGCCGCCGUGCCCCCCGGCCUGCUGGUGCCGCCUGCCCCGAAGCCGCCAGCGAGCGCCGGAGGCCCCGACGCGGGAGACGAGCCCGCGGGCCCCCGGGACGCGCCCUGGGAGCCGCCGCGCGCCCCGGGCCCCGCCACGCUGGAGCCGCCCCGCGCGCCCGGGAGGCGCUCGCCCUCGCCCAGCCGCGUCCUCCCGCAGCCGCAGGGCGCCCCGCUGCCCAGCACGGUGGCCAAGGCCAUGGCCCGCGAGGCCGCGCAGAGGGCGGCCGAGAGCAGCCGGUUAGAGAAAAGGAGCAUUUUCCUGGAAAGGAGCAGCGGGGGGCAGUACGCAAACUCGGACGAGGAAGACGGCUACGGCUCCCCAGAUGUCAAGAGGAGGGGAACGUCAGUGGACGACUUUCUGAAAGGCUCUGAACUUGGAAAGCAGCCCCCCUGCUGCCACGCCGAUGGGUACCACACGGAGAGCAGCCGCGGCUCCGACCUCUCGGACAUCCUGGAGGAGGACGAGGAGGAGCUCUACUUGGAGAUGCAGCUGGACGGCGGGGGCCGGCGGCGGCCCAGCAGCACCUCGCACGGUGCCCUCAAGGAGUGCUCUAAGAAUAAGACCACUGAAGGAGCUUUCUUGGAACAGCUCGAGUUUCCCCAACAGACCCACCACAGUAAGAAACUUUUCAGUAUUCCUGAAGUAGCGGAAGAGGACGGGGAGCCGUGCGAGCUCUUGCACAAGCAGAGCAUAGGGCACUACUCCAGGGCCAGGGCUGUGCUGGCCAAAGACCCCCGGCCCGGCUGGCCCUGCCAGGGGGACGAGGCCCCACAGGGCUCCUGGCCCCCCACCAGACACAGGGGCCCGGGGAUCACCCUCCCCGUGGACGACUUCGUCCUCGAAGACAGAGGUGCUAGGUUCAGCCGCUCGGCCACCAGAAGCCCAGACAGUGGCCUCGACUGCGGGAGUGAGGAAGACGAGCUGCGAUUCAGUUUCAGAACCACAGCCUCCAAACGCAGCCCCGGCCCUACUCAGUGUCCCUGCAGCAGGAACCUGAGACCCCUGCUCGCCCGGCGGCGAACCCUGACCCGACAGAGCAGCAUCGAGGAAGAUUUUGGGGACCAAGUGGCCCCCAGUGACAAUGUCAGGAGUGAUGAAGCCCAGCCCUGCCAGGAGCAGCCCAGCCCUGGGAAGUAUGGCUGGGAUGAGCCCACGGGUCACGAAGAUUUUCGGGGUGUCUGGAGGAAAAGCAUAAAAAUGCCCGACAGUAGGGUAACUGUCCGCCACGCAGAACCAUCUCCCCGAGUGGCAGAAAGCCCUUUGAUUUUAGGGAACCCGGCGUCUGCAGGACGGGCCGGCAGGCCGGAGCACAUGGGCCGGAAGUUUCCUCAGGGCAGUGCUGGCUCCCAGAGGCCCUGGCCGGGGCUGGCCCCACCCAUCGACGGCGGAGCCCGGGACCGCCUCUCCCCAGACCCCGACGAGGAGUCGGAGACAGACCCCGGUGCCGAGGAGCUCCCGGCCCGGAUCUUCGUGGCUCUCUUUGACUACGACCCACUCACCAUGUCCCCGAAUCCCGAUGCUGCAGAAGAGGAGCUCCCCUUCAAGGAAGGGCAGAUCAUCAAGGUUUACGGGGACAAAGACGCUGACGGCUUCUACCGCGGGGAAACCUGCGCCAGGCUGGGCCUCAUCCCCUGUAACAUGGUCUCUGAGAUCCAGGCCGACGACGAGGAGAUGAUGGAGCAGCUUCUGAGACAGGGAUUUCUCCCACUGAACACGCCUGUGGAGAAAAUAGCAGACAGGGGCACCAGAGGCGGCCGGCAGCACCCAGCGUCCACACGGAGGAUGGUGGCCCUGUAUGACUACGACCCGAGGGAGAGCUCGCCCAACGUGGACGUGGAGGCUGAACUUACAUUCUGUGCAGGAGAUAUUAUUACUGUUUUUGGUGAAAUUGAUGAAGAUGGAUUUUAUUACGGGGAUCUUAAUGGGCAAAGAGGCCUUGUACCUUCAAACUUCCUGGAAGAAGUGCCUGACGACGUGGAGGUUUAUCUUUCGGAUGCACCGUCCCACUACUCUCAAGAGACACCAGUGCGCUCAAAGGCCAAAAGGGUUCCUCCUGAGGGUUCAGGUUCAGCAAGGAGAGCUCCAUCCCCCACAGUCCAUCUCCAUUCGGGGCCACCUACAUCAUCUAUGGGUUCUGGUAGUCCUGGGAGAGGCAGGGAAAUGUCCUCAAGAAAGAAAAAGGGGCUGCUUUCCAAAGGCAAGAAACUGCUGAAAAAGCUGGGUGCGGUGAAAUGAUUCAUGUGCUUCUGGACAACUUCCAAAUCUAUGUAAUUUUCUUUAAUUCCAAACUAGGGCUUUCAUGACUCAAGUACUUCCUAAAAAAAAUCUUCUCCCUUGACACCAGUAGAGACAUGCACUUUUGCACAGCCAUCCACUUUAAGCAUCUGCAAGGACACAGAGGUGCUGUGGCUCUCUUUGCCAGUCUCCGUGGCCAGGCUGCUCUUACUGUCCAAGCUCUGAUUCGGGAGGUGGGUGGGUGGGUCCUACUGACCCACAGGGGCAUGGUGGCCACCUGCCCACCCCCUCUGUCAUUUCAGUCUCAUGCGUUUGUCAGCCACUCUUAAAGGAAUGAUUCUCGACUUCCCUUCUCAAAAUGCUUGCCUCAUAAUGCAUCACCCUCACUCAGCUCUGGUCUUGAAAUUCCUAGUUUAAUCCUCCUUGAUGUUCUGCCUUAUAAACGCACAAUGAUUUGUACUGUCUAAUAAAAAACGCAAUGUAGAUUUUGUGCUGUGCCCUCGGUGGUCCUCACCUUCACUGACACAGUUGUUUGAAGUCAGGCCUUGUGGGCUGUGCAUCCUAAGAUAUUGGUUAUUGCCUUUACAAAAGCAAGCCAGACAACACACAGAAAAUGCUUACUUACUCAGUCAUUCAGAAAAGAGAGGACAGGAAGUAACUUGAUUUCAUAAAGUACUGGUAUUCCAACCUACCAGAAAGCUGAAAAUCGUCUCUGCUUUUAGAGUGACACUUUGUGGCAUAUUGAUUUCUUUUACUUUCAUUGUUUGUCAAAACACCAUAUGCAGUCAUUCGACGAUGAAUGAAUACGCAAACAUUCGACAAUGAACAGCACACAAGUAAAAUAAUCCACAUAAUGCAUAAGCCACACCCAAAAUAUCUCAAGGUUAACUAUGUUCAAAAUUAUUCCAUACCAACCUUCACCAUUGGCAUUUGAACAAAACACAAAGUUGGUGGCAGAUGUAAUUUGAUGGUUACUAUUUUGUAAUUCUUGUCCACUUGUAAAUUGUUUUUACUCUUUAUACAUACUUUUCAGACUGCCUUUCUUUUGUAAUUUAUGGAAGGUUUAUAAAUGAAUGAUCAAAGCUUUUCCCAUUGUGUCUUCAGAAACUAUUGUAAAUUGUACUAUACCAGUAUGUGUUAAUUUAUUAAAAGAGAAUCACUUGAUGUGUGGCUAAGUGCUGUGUGGAUGUGUGCAUGUGUACAGUUAGUGUAAAAAUAUUUUAUAGAAAUAAAAUUUGUUAUUUUAUAUGA